AUGCAGGCGAGCCAGAAGCAGGCUGCCCUGCAGCUGGCGGAGCUGCUGCACGCCCUGGAGCGGCGGCUGCGCGGGGCCCCCGCGGCAGAGGGCGCGGGGCUGGCGGGGUCCGUCGGCGAGCCCGCGGAGCACAGCGGGCAGAGGCUUGGGACGGAGGUGCGCUUUGGGGGGCCCCAUCGCCAGUCGAGAUGCUCCAUCGAGACCCAGACCACGGCUGAUCGUGUGCAAAAGAGUCUUGUGCACAAGAUCGCGGAGAUGCGUGAAGCGUUCGAGGACAACUACGGUUCUCUGCCAGAGACGAACGGCAUGUUCGCUAGAGCGAUUCAGAGUCGCUGGUUCGAGCUCGCGAGCGGGCUCAUCAUCAUCCUGAACACCGUAUACGCAAUCACUGACGCCAACCUAACCAUGGAGCUGGCUAUCGAGGGCAAUGCUGACUCGGGAAUCCAUGUCGCUGAGGCGGUGUUCUUCGGAUGGUUCACCAUGGAGUUGAUAUUGAAGUUAAUUGCACAAGGGAAGUACUUCUUCACCGCCAAACCUGACGUUAUGUGGAACUAUUUUGACACAUUCCUUUGGGUUAUGUCUUUCUUGCUCGAAGUGUUCAGCGCCGCCGCGAGCAUAAAUGUGUCCUUCUUACGUGUGCUUCGGUGCCUCAAGCUCGUCCGGGUCAUCCACAUGCUUCAUUUUCUUGAUUUCACGAAGGAGUUGAGAACAAUGAUGGAGUCCACGAUCCAGUCUGCACUUACUCUCUUGUGGUGCUUGUUGAUGGUCGGCUUCUUCGUGCUGCUCUUCGCGCUCUUCUUUGUGCAGUCGGCGUCGCCCGUGCUCGCGAGCACAGACGACAGCCUGACCGAUGCCCAGCGGGAUGCCAUCAUAGCAUACUUCGGAAGCGUGCACGUCGCAGCUCGGUCGCUGGUGAUGGCAACCACCGGAGGCUUCGACUGGGAGGUCCUGCACGGGACACUGGUCCCUGUGGGAGCGCACGCCGUGGUGACGAUUUAUCUCAGACAUUUCUUCAUCCUCUUCUUUCAGAUAGCCAUCUGGAAUGUUGUGACAUCCAUCCGGCGGAUAUUCGUGGACAAGGCUUCACAACUUGCAAAGCCUAAUGCUGAGGAAGCCUUGCAGCGUAAGCAGAGGAUGGAAAACAAAGACCGCCAAGCUCUCAGGAAGAUGAUCGAGAAGUGCGAUAUAAAUAAGGAUGGUCGAACAAACCUGGAAGAGUUCAUACGCAUGAUCUCCCAUUCGGAUUUCCAAUGCUUCUUGCAGGACAGGGGCAUUGAGAUUAAGGAGGCGAUGGGUUUCUUCAGCAUGGUCACUGCCGCUCACGGCACCGACGAGAUAGACUUUGACGCGCUGGCUCUAUCCUGCUUGCGCAGCCAGGGUUCGGCCACAGGCAUCGACCUCAACACGUUCCGGCAUGAGACCAGGAUCCACCUCAGGGAGAUCACCUCCUCCCUCGCAGACCUGCGCUGCACCGUGGACUGCCUCGCCAGGGCCUUCGCCAGCGCCGCAGUGGAGGCGAAGUCGGAGCCCGACGUCAUCAAUCACAUUGCUGGGAUUCGCGCGUGCGGGAUGUGAUCAGCUAUAUACAAUAACGAAGCGCCAUCAUUACAGAGCCAGGAUCUGCUUGUGCUAAAAGGGCAAGCCUCAGCAGCAGGCACUGGCGAUGCUGCUCAGCGCGAUGUGUUGAUAAAAAGAUCCCUCUGGGCACACAAACGUCCAUCGCGCGACUCUUCGAGUCUUAGCGCGCUUCCAGUCAUCCGCCAGGUUCGCGGGACACGUGUUUAAAGAGAUUCUUGGUCAGAGAUUUUCCUCUGGGCCCGCAGCAACGUCCAUCGCGCGACUCUUCGAGUCUAUGCGCGCUUCCCAUCAACCGCCAUGUGACCGUAAUGGGCCUAGCAGAAUUGACAAACCCGUGCUGGUACACAAGGGCGUUGCUGUCUAUCACAUUCCCGGAGCGAUGAGUCAUUUCGUUUCGCUGUGCGCGCACACCUUUGGCCAACGGACCAGACACGUGUGCAUCAGGCCAAUGCGUCUCUGUCAAAAAAAACAUCCAUCCAGUCCUCCUCUUAGGUCUUCUCAAUCCGGGUGCAGCGAGUUGUUUCGCUCUGCCUUGCGCGCGCACCUUUAGUGGAUUGAUCAGAUAAGCAUGCGUCAGUCGGAAGCGUCCCUUUAAGAAAA